GGGGCGUGAGGGGCUGCGGGGCGGGAGUGACCCGUCGCUGCCGCCUCUCAUCGGUGCCUGCGGUGCGGCGCGAUCCCGCUCGCCAAGGCCGCCCAGGGUUGUCGGGACGGCCGAGAGGGGCUGGGCAGUGCCGGUUAAAUCACCUGAGUUUCGCCGGAACGCGUGGCGAGGCGCCCGGGAGCGGGGUGGGGGACGCGUUUUGGGGCGGCAGAACGCGGAAGCGCCGCGGUCCGGAGCGGCGCCCCCGGCACCGGCAGCGCGAUCGCCGCGAUGUCCUCCGACUUCGAGAGCUACGAGCAGGACUUCGCCGUGCUCACGGCAGAGAUCACGGGCCGCAUCGGGAAGGUGCCGAAGCUGGUAGGAGAUGAGAAGAAGCAGAUGGUUGCAAAUGUUGAGAAACAGCUCGAAGAAGCAAGGGAACUGCUUGAGCAGAUGGAACUUGAAGUUCGAGAGAUCCCACCUCAAAGCCGAGGGAUGUACAGCAGUCGAAUGAGAAGCUACAAACAAGAAAUGGGAAAACUUGAAGCUGAUUUCAAAAGGUCACGAAUCGCCUACAGUGAUGAGGUGCGGAAUGAACUCCUAGGGGAUGACGGGAAUUCCUCAGAGAACCAGUUGAUAAAAUUACGUGAAGAGAGGGCACAUCUGCUCGAUAACACAGAGAGGCUGGAAAGGUCAUCUCGGAGACUAGAGGCUGGAUACCAAAUAGCAGUGGAAACCGAGCAGAUUGGACAGGAGAUGCUUGAAAACCUCAGCCAUGACAGAGAGAAGAUCCAGCGUGCUCGGGAAAGGCUUAGAGAAACAGAUGCAAACCUGGGGAAGAGUUCCAGGAUUUUGACGGGAAUGUUGCGAAGGAUCAUCCAAAACCGGAUUUUGAUCGUUGUUCUGGCAGUCAUCAUCAUCUUCACCACCAUGAUGGCUAUUUAUUUUUCUGUCAGAGGACGCUGAUAUCUUUGUUCUUCACUAAACAGCAACAAACUGCUUGUUCUGAGUAAUUAAGACAAAGUGGUCACAUGAAUCAUUCUCUUGCACUGACAGAGUCUCCCUCUCUUUUCCACUCUUCAACUCAGGUGCAAGUGGUGUAAAAUAUUUUGUAUUAUUAAUGGCAUAGUUGAUGGCAUGUGGGUCUAUUUUUUUCUUACAUAUUUGUCCUUAUCUGAGUGUUUUCAGGAUCUUAAUAUUUGUUGGAGUGAGGGCUUGUUCUGGUAUAAAAAGACUUAAUGUGUGUUGAAUUCACCCACAGACAAUUAGCCUGUAAGUUGCCAGAGUUUCAUGAGGGAAGAGGGGGUCUUUGCACUUUUCUUCUGCUGUGCAGGGUGUAUGAAUAUCAAGCAGUAUCUGACCUUCUGUGAUUUAGAAGAUAAGUAAAGCAAAGACCAAAUGAUGUAGAAAGUGAACCUGUCUCCUGUGACUAACUCCCAAUCAUGCAUUAUCGUAGUAGAUGUAACCUGGUUAAGAACAGUAGCUAGUUUUAAAAAGAGAGCAACCUUAGGAUGGUGUUUAAUAUAUGAUGUAAAUCCAAAACUCAAUUUAACAAUUUUUUUGUUUAAAGUUAGGCUUUCUUUUCUGCUUAUUCAAAGCAAUUCCACUUUCAUCAAGAUCAUGAAAAUGCAUCACUUACCUAAAAUGUAGUUGUGGCUACAGCCCAUCUGUUGAAUCUCUUUUAAAUCUUCCAGUGUUGAUAUAUGUACUGAUAAGCAUUACACACUAGGCCCUAAUAAAGAUAUUUAAAGAUACUUAUCUAUUUGUUGCUGAUUGAAAAGAGAUCUUAAGUAAUAGUUCAGCAACAAAUGCGUGAUUAUAGUGCAUUAAACAAUCUAGAUUUUUAAUACUGGCCUGGCUAUGUUGAGACUGCAUGUUGGAGUAUUUUGAGUGUAUUAAAUUCUGAUGUGAUAUUCCCCUUUUUAAAAAGAAACUGUAAAAAUGUUAAUUUAUAUAUGCUUUUAGUUGAUAUAAUAUAUCAUAGUUUCAUCUA